AAGAAGGGAACUUCGACAGGUCCACAAAUUUCAUACUCACCGUCAUUCCUCUCCUAAAAUGGGCCUUCUAUUCAAUGGCUAAUCGGGCCAAGGAAGAGGAGAGAAUUGAAAAGAUCAUUCGCGGGCUCUUGAAGCUUCCCCAGAAUAAGAGAUGUAUCAAUUGCAGCAGUUUGGGACCGCAAUAUGUUUGCACAACUUUUUGGACAUUUGUCUGUACAAACUGCAGUGGAAUACAUCGUGAGUUUACACACCGAGUUAAAUCGAUAUCGAUGGCUAAAUUUACAUUUGAAGAAGUUGGUGCUCUUCAAGCAGGGGGAAAUGAGCGUGCAAGGGAAAUUUACUUCAAAGUGUGGGAUCCACAGCGUCAUUCUUUUCCAGACAGCAGUAAUCUUCAUAGACUGCGGGAAUUUAUAAAGCAUGUCUAUGUAGAUAGGAAAUAUGCAGGUGAUAGGAGUGUGCACAAGCUCCAAAAGAUAAAAGUGGGUGAGAAAGAGGAAUUUUACGAAAACAUGAAGGCUGGUACAUAUUCAAGUGGAUCUAGAAGUCCAUCUUACCAUGAAAGAUCUAGUUCUGGUGGAAAAGAUGAGAAAAGUUUCAGAUACUAUUAUGAUGAGAGAAGAAGUCCUCGGUAUGCCCAAGAAAAUUCAAGAUAUGGUGGUUAUAAGAGAAGCCCUGUCCGCUUUGAGGUAGUUGAUGAUAGGGUUCGAGAGGAUGGGCUUGGAAAUGGUAGGCGAUCUGCAAUCAGCAGGUUGUCUAAUGGAGAAGUGAAAACAGUUGGGAAGUCACCUGACCUGCAAAAAAACGUGGAUAGGUCUAGAUCUCCAGUGGUACGCUCUAUUAAAGAUAUUUUGGGAGUGAAUGUUCCAAGUCUACAUGUAGGUGAAAUUCCUAAAUCAAAUGCUGGAAGGAAUGUGGGGAGGGAUGAUGAGACCUCUGCCAAUACACAGAUGGAUGCAUCUUGCCAGGGGACUGAACCUGUCAGUGGGAACUCAAGCAAAUAUAAAAGAAUAAAUUCAGAAAGCUUGAUAGAUUUUAGUACUGAUCCUGUGCCUCCCGAUGCUGCAGUAGUGCAAACACAGCAAAAUCCUCAAUCCAAAGAUGGUGAUACUUGGCUAUCUUGUGCGUCUUCACAAAAGAAGGUGACUCAAGCUUCAGAUCCAAAUUCUUUGGAAUCUUUACUGUCCCAAUUAUCAGGCCCUGCUGUGGUACCUAUUGGCUGCACACCUGGGGUGCACAUGAGUGGGGAUGCUCCAUCAAGAACACCUGUAGAGGACAAUUGUGGAUUGCUUAGUGCUGGUGCUUCUCCAGCCACACCUGCAGAACACACUUCAGCAAUGCCUACUAGCAUUGGCGUGUCUGUAGCUGCAUCAGGAAACAAUGUUUCAAUGCUUCCCCCUAAUGAAUGUGCUGCACUAGCUGCACCUGUAGAAGUGGCAUCAGUAUCGCCCAAUGGCAGUGCUGAUUCUAUUGUCAUGGUCACCAGUGAACAGAAAUCGCCUAGUGUGCUGCAGCAUCAGUUUUUUUCAUCCCCGCCUGCAAACAGUGGCUGUUCUGCUCAGCAAAUUAUUCCCACAGUUGGAAUUCUGGAUACCCAGCCACAGACUUCAUCACUUGCACCAAAUAAAGAAGGACCUUUCACUGCUUCCUCCAACCAAUCAUCUCAAGUUGUUUCAAAACCAGCCCAAGAAAUGAGUUCUGGAUUUGGAUCGCAACAUCUUCUGGGUGAAGCCAAGUCUUGCGGAAGAAAGGAACUUCCAGCGGACCUUUUCACUGCAACUUAUACAUCAAUUCCAGCCCAGGUUAUGUGUUGGCAAACUGUUCAACCUCAGGGCAUGAGAUUUAGCACUCCGCAUAAUCCUACCAUGAUGGUAUCAUACAUGCCAGACAAUCAAGUUUUUUCCAACUCAGCAAAAUCUACAAACCCUUUUGAUUUAAAUGCUGAAACAACUCAAGCUCGAGACCAAGCAUUUGUCUCGAUGGCACCUCUGCAAGGAGCACUACCUCGGGCACCAUCUGAUGCAUCUGCCAUGCUUCCACAUUCAGCUUUUGCAUUGGCCAUGCCUCAAAGUGCGUACAUGGGGCAACAAGCAUCCAAUAAUAUGCCACCUCCCAGACAACAAGACUUGGGUAAUUUUGGCAAUGCUGGAUCCAUAAAUACAAAUCAGCAGCUGACUAGCGGAUCCUUGGCACCCACUGCCUCAAAUUCCUUUUCCUCAAUGGGAACAAACCCAUUUGGGUAGAAGCUGGAACAAAUGACCGUGGUUUCAGCAGCAUGAUCUCCCUGUUUUAUCCCUUAGCGUCCUUGAGGAGACAUCUGGAAUCUUUCUGAUUGAAGAUGACUUGGAAAUGAGACUUAUGAAUCAGUUGAUUUGCCAUCUAUAUCUCUGGCCAAGGAAGGGGGAUUGGACUAAUAUACAAAUUGGGAAGUAGCAUGAACGCACCCAGUUGCAUCAAGGCAUCUAUUCAUGGCCAAGGUGUUUGUUGUAAACUUACUGUUGCAGUCAACUUAGCAUCAGAGGAUGCUACUGAUCUGGGUUUCUCUUUUGUGGUACUGCAGUUGUCAGCCGUCACCAUUUUCAUUCCCCUGACAGUUGUUAAAAAGUCACUUUGUAUAGUUGAAAUAUUUAAAGCUGGUUGUGCUGACACAAAUGAAAAAGAAAACUUAUUAUACUGCUUUUGAUAAAUUAAGAAAUAACUGCUUUUUGGUCCA